AAACGAUAUUCGUUGUUGUAACACGGAUGUUUUGUUUCAUACGUCUUCUGUCCGUUUACAAGUUACCACGUUUGUAACUUUUUUUGAACUGCCCAUUUCGGCAACCCAUUCGUGACCACUGUGUUAGAGAAAAUGUCGUUAAGUGUCUUGCCCAAAGUCACAUAUACGCUCACAAUGGUAGAGUAACCUCAAACGAUCGUCAAACAAUUUUUCUGAUUUCUGUUUUAAUCUUCUUCACAGUAGCUUACACGAGCCUGGUUUAAUUACAGGGUGGGCUCGUUCGCUGCAAGGUGUGAAGUCUUACGUGUUGUAGCACGAGAUAUGGGGAAUAUUGAUACACUCAACAGGGACCGACGUGAGUGAUAUAUAAAUACAUAUGCACAAUAAGGUUUUCUUCACUAGCUUGAUACGUUUGUUACAAUUGAACCAUCAAGUGUAAAUUACUUGUAUAUUUAAAAGGGACACACAUCGCACAUGAAAUACGACGGCGUUGCGCAUGAGGUGAUACGUAACAAACAUCUCGUUAGUGUAUCGGUAUGUUGCUCAACAGUGAGCAUCAGGUAUUUGAAUAUUCUGCAUGUGUGUCUAAUGUAUAAGAAAAUACUCAUUUUACAGCUUAAUAGUGAGAAGCAUGGUGUGUAUGAAUAUACCAUCAUGUCUGAAUGGUAGAAUGAUAGCCGUGUUAUAACUGAACGAAGAUUAUGUGAUAGAGAUGUUUUGCGUGUACCAGAAAUCACAUGAACUCUCGCGAAGGCCAAGCAGCGAAUAAAAUAUUAUUAAAGCUUUCAAAAUAAAAUAUUUCAUUUAGGAGUGUGUCGGUAUUUCCCAUCGAAAGGUAAGAACGUCGGGGUGGAUGCAUUAUUGUUGCGCAUGAAAUGUAAUUGCAGUCGUAACGAUGUUUAAACUUAUUAUCAGUGGCUCUUUUCCUUCAAUAACUUUUAAAGCUUUUGCUAAUUCUGCAAACUUUUGCCGCACACUUGAACUUUAACACGAAAGAAAACCAUCAGUACGAUAUAUCAUAUACGACCAGCAACCUAAUCAUAAAGAAAUGGUCUUCUGUUGCUAAGCAGAGCUACUGCUUGCUACAAGUUGUGCCAAACUUGCAAUCCUAAAUUCUAAAGCUUCAAUUCCUCUCCACAAGUGACAUCAUCUUCUAAAAUCUAAAUAAUUCUUCAUUACAAUUAAUGUGUUACAUGUGGCUUGCGUGAGAAUUAACACCGAAAACAUUUAACAUUUUUUAAUAAAUCCAAUUGUUUUGCAGGCGACAUCGGUUUUCUAGAGUUGGAGUACGUUAAAAAGCUUUCGGACAUAAAAAACCGAGUACAGCCAUCCGAAGUUACCAUGGAAAACAUGCUGGACGCAAUUGCCCCAUGUUCUGUCUUCUCUCCCAGCCUCAAGCGGAAAUGGGAAAACUUUUUUGGUCCAAGAGGCGGCGACCAACCAAAUGAAUUAAUUACACGUUUCCCUGUUCAACAUCGCUCCGAAGCAGAGCACGUGACGGUGUCGUUUACCCACCCGCCUCGACACAACUUUGAUCUGCACGAGCUAAUCGGGGUCGACCUUGUGUUGCUUCGAACACCGCCUUGCCAGUUGAACGAGGGUUUCGGACUGUAUGACGUGACCGUCCGAAAACUUCCGAACGAUGGUUCGGAAACUGAAAUACUGGUUCAUCAUAGCACACAGGCUUCUUGUGCGAGUGGGGGCGGCUAUAUGAUGGUGGCCAGCCUUGAUACGGGAUAUUUAAUGGAAUGGUUGCUCCACGAAGAGAACGAUUUGCAACUCAGUGUACAAGUUACUCAAAGGCGCCAAGUAACAUCGGGAAACUCGAGCGAACCCAAAGUUUCAAAUAUACUUCGUCGGGUCCUAUCCAUUAGUUUUCAUUUGAGAGCCGGACCUGGUGCUUCCCAACAGGUUAUUGUAAGGAUUCCACAAGGCAGAAGAACUCAUCAUCGGCAAAAUGAAGGCUGGAUCACAAGAAUGAGACGAAGCCCGUCACGUGGCAUUAGGGGAUGUGAAAGAAAAAGCUUUCCGAUCAACUUUCAAAACGAUUUGUUCCGACACCACAUUUUGUACCCUUCCUCCGUGUACGAUAUUGGUGAAUGUGUUGGAAGAUGCGACUUUCCCAUCCAGAUGCCAACCAAUGCAAGCAACCAUGCUCUGGCACUAACAGUGGAACGGGAGUUUGGUUUAAGGUCUGAAAACGCAGAACUGACAAUCUGCUGCGUUCCAACUGACUACUAUUCUAUGUACGCCACCAUAAGUUCCGAACUCGGAGUUGAAUCUGUGUUCUUGCCUGAGAUUGAAGUGAAACACUGUGGUUGUUCCUGAUAAGGAAGGCUGGAGCAUACGUUUUAAAGUGUAAAUAUGGGACAAUUUUCCCUUGACAUUGCUUGUUAAAUACCGUUCAUUGUGUUUGUUAAUACAGUUUGUAAAUAAUG